GAUUCAUUGCCAUGCUGUUUUCAGUUUCUCGCAUGGUAAACAACUAAGAAUUUUGUGUGCUGUGCUGUAGUAAUUAAAAAAAGGGCUUAGUUUCGCGUAAUCGCAAAGAACCAAAGAUGAUUUCGAAAUCCAAAUCGGGACAGUGUCGUUUACAUAACGUGCAGUUCUACAACCUUCUUCCGCGGGGCAUAAACUGUUUGGCGGUGAACAAUGGUAGCAGUAAACUGGCUCUAUCACGAGAUGACGGAACGAUCGAAAUUUGGAACCUGUCGGCGGCACCCUUUAUGGAGAAGUCAAUCCCCGGCUACGAGAAGGUAUCCGUCGAAGCUUUGUGUUGGGUCGGCGAUCGGUUGUUUUCCGUCGGGUUGGCUGGAUCGCUCAUUGAGUGGGACUUGCGGUUGCUGACGGUGAAGAAUACGAUUCUGUUAACCGGUAACGCGGCAUGGUGUAUGGACGUUAGCCAUGACGAACGACGGCUAGCGGUUGGAACCGAGGGUGGCUACAUUAGUGUGUACAAUGUGGAAAACGAUGAUAUUCAGUACGAAAAGAUUCUGGACAAACAGGAGGGCAGAAUAGUUUGCGUGCGGUUCGAUUGGAGUGGUGACUUUUUGGUUACUGGAUCGGUGGAUGCGGUUCGAGUGUGGGAUUUGAAGAAGGGACAUGCCAUUCACAAAAUGACAACGGGACGUUCGGCGCGGGAUAAGGAGACCAUAGUUUGGAGUCUGUUGGUGCUAAAGGAUUUUACCAUUGUGUCCGGGGAUUCCCGGGGUAAGAUUAUGUUUUUCGAUGGUAACUUGGGCACCGCAAUCGACAGUAUUACGGUUUCGAAGGCUGAUAUCCUUAGCUUGACCAUCGAUAGGGAAGAGAAGUUUCUCUAUGUGACCGGAGUGGAACCGAUUAUAAGGCUAUAUCAGCGAGUUGAGGUCACGAAAGCUAACGAGAAAGUCAAGAGCUUUGUCCGUACCUUGAACCGCAGGUAUCACACGCAUGAUAUCAAAGCACUGGAUAUGUACCGAGACAAGUUGGUAUCCGGCGGAGUUGAUGGCUCGAUGAUUAUCAGUUCGUUUCCUCCGUUUGUAGUGGACACUUACCAUCCGCUUCUGGAAGCUCCCAGUUCCGCAGUAGCACAAGACGCUCGGAUUGUUCUGCUGAAAUAUGUUAACUAUCUAGAACUGUGGACCCUGUCCUCACCUUCGGUAGAAAGCCGAAAGGUCCUGCAGAUACGCAGCAAGUUGGAUGAACACAUUGUUGCGGCUGCUAUUUCUCCAGAUGCUAGAUGGAUUAUUUAUUCGAGCGAGGCAACCAUUCGGCUGUUCCGCUUCGAGCAUCAGCAAGGCGGUGAAAGUAGGUUGAUUCCGAUACGAGCGGUUCCGGAACAGUUUGAGCCAUGCUAUGGGGUGCAAUUUACCAACGACUCGAAGGGUGUUUUUAUCUUUAAGCGGGAGGGGGUGAUAGAAUAUUUCGGCUUCAGCGAAGAGGAAGAUUUUGAUCACAAGCAGACGAUUGAAACAGCGAAGUGGUUCACGGAAAAGAUUCACCUAACAACGGUUUCCCAAGACAGCAACUAUCUGGUAUGUGCUAGCCUGUGUUGUGCCAUCGUAGUUUUCAAGCGAGAAAAAUUUGGCCGAUGGAAGCGACUGACUACGUUGCCGAAGUACAAACUUCCACCGACAGCUAUUUCGAUUCAACCGAAUUCCCCAGUGCUAGCGGCUGUAUUUUCGGACCACAAAAUAUUCCAGUAUGAUUUCAGCGACUACCGGUUCAUCUUUACGUCCUACCUGAAGCUAGAGAAGAUGAAAGUUUCGACCAACAAAAUUGUUAGCAGCAUUGUGUUCGACCCUCGGAACGAUGAUUGCAUGAUUCUGCAGCACGAUUCGUGUGUGUUCGUUCUGCACUUCGAAGAAGACGAACAGCCAUCGCAAACGCCCCGGAAACGUAGAGAUUCUGGGAAAGUCGGGAGCGCUAGUAAUGAGGAAUCCGCACCCGUUAAGCGAUACAGCUUGUCGGCACUGAAGCAAUACAGCCGAUUGGUUAGUAUUUGUUGGCUCGGAACCGAUGAAAUGGUCGCCGUCGAAGCAAAUCCACUGUCAAUGGUGGAACAUUUACCGCCGGCGUUCAGACGGAAGGUGUUUGGGAAGGCGUAACAAUGCGGAAAAAAUUUACUUUUAAGAAAUCUUGAUCAA